GUGCAAUGGUUGAAGACACAAGUAUGAAAUUGGAAUGAGAAAUAGUAGAGAAGCAUCCGAUGAUGAAGAAAAUUAAAGACAAUAUGAAGUUAUACUCGAGAGAUUUUCUUUUGAGUAAACUGCCAAAAUGGUCCCUGAGUAAUCAUGGCAGAUGUGGGUGUUGCAGUCCUUGUGAAGGAGGUGGUGCGGAUACUGGGUUCUGUAGCUAACCAAGAGUUUACUCUACUUAGGGGACUCGAAGGCGAUAUUUCGAGUCUCAAGGAUGAUUUCGAGCAGAUCCAAGCUGUUCUUCAAGACGCAGAAGAGAAACGUGUCAAGAAUAACGCUGUAGAGGUGUGGCUUAAGCGUCUCAGAUCUGCAUCCUUGGAGGCUGAAAAUGUGCUAGACGAGAUCUCAACUGAGGCUUUGUUGCAAAGUCUACACAAACAAAGGGGCUUCAAACCCAGGGUAAGAGCCUUCUUCUCCUCCAACCAUAAUAAAUAUAUGACCCGUGUUAGGAUUGCUCACAAGGUUAAAGACAUAAGAAGUAAGCUGGAUGUCAUAAAUUCCGAGAGAUUUAAGUUAGAUUUGACCCCUUCAGCUCCCACAAGUCAUGUUGACGAUACUGAAGUUGUGGGUCAGAUGCUGCCAGAUAGGGAAACAAGCUCGGUUAUACACGAUACUUCAGUUAUCAUGGGAAGAAAUGAAGAAAGGGAUAUGGUAAUAGGAGAUAUAUGUAACAAGGAUAUAGGGAAACAUGAAAAUGGGGAGGUUCGGGUGUACGGUAUAUGGGGUAUGGGAGGUUUGGGAAAGACUACUCUGAUUCAGUUAGUCUAUAACCAUGAAACGGUGAAUCAAUAUUUCGACUUAAAAUGUUGGGUCUAUGUCUCUGAAAACUUCCAAGUUAAGGAUAUAAUGAAAAAAAUUAUCGAAUCAAUAGAUAAAAGUGGGUGUACACUUACACAGCUACAGACGUUGCAAGAGUCCCUGCAAAGCAAAUUAAGGGGGAGGAAAUUUCUAAUUGUACUGGAUGACGUUUGGGCUGAAGAGAAUGAAAAGGCCAAGUGGGAGGAGUUAAGUAAAACAUUAAGUUGUGGAGCUGAAGAAAGUAUUGUAGUGAUGACAACGCGGUUACAAACAACUACUCGAAUGAUGGCUAAGGUUCCCGAGUUACAACAUAAACUAGGAUGUUUAUCGGAAGAGGGCGCGUGGUUGUUAUUUAAGAAGCUUGCUUUUGCACAAGGAAGAGAAGGGGGUGACACAAGUGAGCUAGAGCUUAUUGGAAGGGGGAUUGUUGAGAAAUGUAAAGGGCUGCCUUUGGCGGUGAAGACUUUGGGUAGCUUAAUGUGGUCAAAAAGUAGUACACACUAUUGGCAACAUGUGAAAGACAACAACUUAUGGGAGUUCGAAGAAAUUAAUAUGUUGCCUGCUAUUUUGAAGUUAAGCUAUGAUAACUUGCUUCCACAUUUAAAGAGAUGUUUUGCUUAUUGUUGUUUGUUUCCUAAAGGCUACCCUAUAACAAAGGGUGAACUGACUAUGUUGUGGGUGGCAAACGGUUUUAUCCCAGCCAAAAGAGGAAACAACUUGUAUAGGCUAGGGGAAGAAAUUUUUAAUUGCUUGGUUUGGAGAUCCUUCUUCAGUGUUAAGGCUAACUCCCAGCAUGAUGAAUAUGUAAUGCAUGAUCUAAUGCAUGACAUGGCACGACAUGUGAUGGGAGAUGAUUGUUUAGUCAUAGAGCCCGGUAAGGAGGUUAUAAUCCCAAAUGGGGUCCUUCAUUUGAGCUCAUCAUGUCCAGAUUAUCAAUUUUCACCCCAAGAGUUAGGCAAGUUAACAUCAUUAAGGUCGGUAUUCAUGUUCGGAGAGAUGUAUUAUGACUGUAACAUUGGCCAGAUUUUCAACCACGUGCAACUAAGGGUAUUAUACUUGUGUGGUGUCGACAUGAAUACAUUGCCAGAAUCAGUCUGCAAACUCAAACAUUUAAGAUACUUGAAUUUAUCGCACUCAAGAAUAAAAUUUUUAUGUGAGUCCAUUAUUUAUCUCCAAAACUUGCAAAUGCUUCUUCUGAAAAAAUGUGGGGCAUUGGAGAAGUUGCCUAGAGGCCUCAGAUGCUUGAGGAAUCUUCAACGUUUGGACAUCACUGGCUGUUAUUCUCUCAGUCAUUUGCCACGUGGAAUAAAAGAACUAUCUAGUCUCCGAACACUUUCAUUUUUUCCUCUUCACAAGAGUAUAUUUCCUUUUUUAAACAAAAGUGUGGCCAAAAUAGGGGAAUUGGGGAGUCAAAAUCUUCUUGAGGGGAAGUUAAGUAUACGUGGACUAGCGUUUGUUGGAGGUUUAAGUGAAGCCAAGAGUGCCAAUCUCAAAUGCAAAACAAAUUUGUCAGAUUUGGCGUUAGACUGGUCAGAAAAAGCUUUUCCUAGACGUAAACAACAAAUGUUUACAUAUGAUGAAGAGGUUCUUGAGGGACUAGAACUAAAUCCAUGUCUUAAGGAAUUGAAAAUACAUUAUUACAUGGGAAAGGUUAUUUCUCCAAGUUGGAUGGUCAAUUUAAAUAAAUUGGUUGGAAUUUGUGUUUCUUGGUGUCACAACUGUGAGUGUAUUCCAGCACUUGGGAGAUUACCCAGUCUUAGGAGCAUCACGUUGAGGUACAUGAAUUCUUUAAAGUGUUUCCAUGAUGACAACACAAACAAGUCAGGAGACACAACCAAUAUGUUUCCUUCUUUACAAAAUCUGGACAUUUUUUAUUGUCGGAGUUUGGAAUCCUUACCAAGUAAGCUUCCAAAGCUCAAGGGUUUAUAUUUAGAUGAGUGCGAUGAGUUAGUUUCUCUACCGGAUGAGAUUCAAAGUUUCAAGGAUCUGAAUGAACUUAAGAUAGAGAACUGUAAACAUCUAUUUGAAAGGUAUGAAAAGGAGAAGGGUGUGGAUUGGCCUAAAAUUUCUCACAUUCCCACUAUCCGUAUGGAUCCUCCAAGACGAUGGCAAUAAAGAAGAUGAAGAUAAGAUUGAUGGGAUUAAAGAGACCAACGAAUGAUGGCAAUUAGUGACUUAACUUGAGAAUGGUGUUUAACCUCGUCAUUAUGGUAUUUGCGUCUUGCUCGAUCAUGCCGUGCACAAGAUAACCUCUGGUGUCUAGAUUUUAUAUUUUGGUUUACUUUUGUUGAAUUUACUUAAUUAAAUUUGCGGUUUAAACGCUGGUACAUUUUUGAAGCUGGGUAAUUACACACUAUGUGGUUCCUAGUUAUCUUUGUAAUUUUAUUUUGAAGCUUUCCAAUUAAAUAACGCGUGUGAUUGAUUUA